AUGGCCGAUGCGCUUGCUUCGCAAUUGAAUAGCACAAAGCUAGGAGAUAACCACUCAGAGAAAUGGAGAGAAAAUUUAAAGGCGCCCCCAAAAGACACACGAACUCAAACUGAAGAUGUCACUGCAACAAAAGGCCUGGAGUUCGAGGACUUCUAUAUUAAGCGCGAAUUAAUGAUGGGGAUUUUUGAGGCCGGCUUUGAAAAACCUUCUCCCAUCCAAGAAGAAACUAUACCCGUGGCCCUUACCGGUCGGGAUAUCCUUGCACGCGCGAAAAACGGAACAGGGAAGACUGCUGCUUUUGUUAUACCGACCUUAGAACGUACCAAUCCUAAAAAUUCGAAAACACAAGCCCUCAUCCUCGUUCCCACGCGGGAACUAGCCCUUCAAACAUCGCAAGUCUGCAAGACACUCGGGAAACACCUAGGUAUCAAUGUUAUGGUCACGACCGGCGGAACGGGACUCCAAGAUGAUAUUAUACGGUUGAAUGAAGCUGUUCACAUCAUCGUCGGCACACCUGGGAGAAUUCUGGAUCUUGCUAGCAAAGGGGUGGCAGAUCUGUCAGAGUGCUCAACUUUUGUUAUGGACGAGGCGGACAAGCUUCUCUCGCCUGAAUUCACCCCGGUCAUUGAGCAACUUUUGUCAUUCCAUCCUAAGGACCGCCAAGUAAUGCUUUUCAGUGCCACAUUCCCAAUGAUCGUCAAGUCUUUCAAGGACAAACAUAUGAGAAACCCUUACGAGAUCAACCUUAUGGACGAGCUUACACUUCGGGGCAUCACCCAGUACUAUGCCUUUGUGGAAGAAAAGCAAAAAGUUCACUGCCUGAACACUCUCUUCUCCAAACUCCAAAUCAACCAGUCUAUCAUUUUCUGCAAUUCUACCAAUCGCGUCGAACUUCUAGCUAAGAAGAUCACCGAACUGGGAUACUCGUGUUUUUAUUCUCAUGCUAAAAUGCUGCAACAUAACCGAAAUCGUGUCUUCCAUGACUUCCGCAACGGGGUUUGCCGAAACCUGGUCUGCUCAGACCUGUUGACACGUGGCAUCGACAUUCAGGCUGUGAACGUCGUGAUCAACUUUGAUUUCCCCAAGAAUGCCGAAACCUAUCUCCAUAGAAUUGGCCGUUCGGGUCGGUUUGGGCACCUGGGUUUGGCUAUUAACCUGAUCAACUGGGAGGAUCGAUAUAACCUGUACAAGAUUGAGCAGGAGUUGGGCACCGAAAUCCAGCCUAUCCCUCAAUCUAUUGACAAGAAACUCUAUGUUUAUGACACACCUGACACCAUACCCCGACCUAUUUCUAACGCUCCCCAGCACCACAGCCAGCAGCCUGCCUCUGCAAUUGCUCAACGUCCCAACAGCCCAGAAGGCCAUAAUCGUCGACAAGGCCAACAUCAGUAUUCUUCUAACAGGGGUCGUGGAUCCUACCGUGGAGGUCGUGGCCAAGGACACCGAGGUGGUCAUGGAGAAAACCACCGCCAGAAUGGAACUGCACCGCGGCCAAACGCCGCAGCGUCUGCACCCGCAUCAUAA